GUUCGAAAUAGUAGGAAGGUAAUAUCGACAGUAUUUAGUUGAAGUUUCUAUCCAUCGUGCCAUCAUGGAAUUACGAUGACUAGGUGGGCAAAUAUACGCUAACGGUUCUGACUUCACAUUCAGCGCUUAUUGUACCGUCUGCAUAACAGAGAAUAUUGUGAUGAAGAAAACGAUGCCCCUCCGAAACUCGGUAGAAGAUGGAAAAACCACGUGUGUCGUCCAACGGACCUUGCGCUAAGCUCGCAGCGGAUCAAGGUCAUGGACAUCGUGACUUCGAAGAUUUCAGCUCAAGCGAGGAUGAGCUGGAUUUCGACGAUGUUGAAGACGUGGAACCUGUGACAAAACGACAGAGGACGUAUGAUUCGAUAUACAGUACCGGACUGGAAGAACACGACUUGUUCUCGUCGCACUUGGUGGACCUACCCGCGGGGGAACAAGAAGACAUCGAGGAUGCCAGCGUCGUGGCUCAGCUACGCCUCGGUCGCGAUGCAGAGGGACCCGAUAAAACUGCAUCUGCAGCGGUUGCAAAUUCCUCUAGUGUCGGAGGCAGAGGCACCAGACCGCAAGUUUCCAGGCACCAGUCUCUGGGCACAUACGAAGAGGGGCAAAAAGUUGGCGCCUCGACUUCCUCCGAGCGAGGAGGCAAGGGGCGACACCAAACUGUCAAACGUCAAGUGUUCCAUCUCCCGCUCGUGGAAAAGACCCGUCUUCUACACGUUCAGCAAGCUAUAGUGGUUUUCUUAGUAGGUCGCGCGCGCCAGUUGUCCAACUUGGCGAACCAUCCCGCAGUGCAGGCUUUCGCCCUUUCGCUCUUUGGCAAAGCCGGUUCGCCAAGCGGCAAUGGUCAUCAAACAGGAACGUCGCUGGAAGUUCUUCGCUCGUCCAAAAGCAUUCCCGCCGACGCCUGUGGUCAUACGCAUCAAGGAGGUUCUUCCUCAGCGGUAUCAUCGACGUCAUCCGCGGGGUCAAAGACAAAGCUUAUGGAGCAAGUUGUAAUAGAGCUCUCUGAUGACGAUGCUGCGGAGAAUCCGAUUGGUAAAGAUGGCAAGCCUGGCGCGCGCAAUGUGAUAAAAACAGCAGGAAAAGUAAAGCACGUGGGUGGAAGCGCAAGUCAAAAAUCAGAACCGGUUGCAAGGGGCAGCGGAAACGCGACGAGCGCAGGUGGGCGAGGUACUGCUUCUUCGCUAUCACUUGCGUCUGGAGUCGGAGAUAGUUCGACGGACACCUCGGCGCAGUGCAAGUGUCCGCCGCACGUGGCAGUGGCUCGUCCUGUCACCGCGGCCCAUCUACUGAAGGGUAUCUUGCGUGCGACACUAGCAGGUGGUCAUUUCUCGCGUGAGCUUUGCAUCGUUGACACGGUACCUUGUGCUUCGGUUAUGGACGUUCUUAGCGUGCGUACGCCUAUGGCUUGGCUCGUGUUGCAGCUCUCUUACCAGCGAUUUUACGCGAAAAAGGCACCGGUUCUCUGGGCGGCGUCAACAGUGCCGCACUUUAAAGCGCUUCAGGUGCGAAUACACCACGACGGACUGUUUUCAGCAGAGGCCAUCCUAGUCGCACAAAAGGAAGUUGAGACGCAGCAAAAGUUGCAAAAGUAUCGUAGGCAGUUGCAACAUCAGCAAGCCCGAGUGGUGAAGUCAAGUUCGCGAUUAGGUUCAAGUGCUUCUACUUCAUCAUCAACAGCACCAGCAACGUCCUAUUUCUACAGUAACAGUUUCACGCCGGAUCGGUUUCUCUUCGCGCUUGGCGAUGAGAAAGGACCUUGGGGCUACUGCGCGCGCUUUGUAGACGUCGCAGCCGAGGGCGGGCCCUUGCAAUUUGUCGGACGCAAGUGCGUGGGAAACUCUCAGGAUCCGGUGCCCUCCGGCGCCAAGACGUAUUCCGCUGUGGUUUUAGGCGCAAAUCUGGGGGUCCAAGUUAUCCUCGAUCCGACCGCGGCUCCCUUCAAAAAAUGGCACUAUACUGUGGGCUGGGACAAGCGCCAGAACUUCCUAGAUGGUUUGCGGCUUUCGCAGAUGCCCUGCGUGCUCAAGCGCUGGUGGCUGGAGCUGCGAAGGCAGCGACUGCGCGUAAAAGACCCGUUUCCGAAAACCAAGGAGGACUUUCGCCAUUCCUUGGUUUACUGCCUGGCAUCGGAGUUCCAAAACAGUAAGACUCAGGCAUUGCAUCCGAGUGCGAGCAUGCAGGGCUUGUUCAAGGGUGUGGAGCGCAUUUACAGCCGCACCGACGUUUACCCGCUACGGACCGCGGACGACUGGCGCAAGCGCGGACGCCGUAUCCGUGUGAAUGAGCGCGGCGUGGAGCGAAAAACACCGCUAGUAGGCGGCAGCGAAAUCCUCUUCGCCGUGUGGCAGACGGAAGAGCGUCCCGCAGUCGACUUACAUGCGAACAUGGUUCUGUUGCGAAAAGAAAUCCGUUACAACUCGGCAGCCGAGCGGACACUGCAUGCAGCGAGCCUUCGCGACGCAAGGAACCAGUACGGCCACUGGAAUUGCAAUUUGAUCGCGUUUCAGCGGCAGCUGCAACACCUUGCUGCCCAAAGUCCUGCUGUUGCCGUAACAACAAGCGGAAGUGGUUUGUUGUCCUCAAUUUUACCUUCACGUAGUCCUACUAGUAGAGGUGAAGGAGCUAACGGGAUGGUCGAGAGCGUGGCAUUCCUGAACACAAUCGUGUUGGGAACACUGCAGGACGAAACUGUUUGGCUGGCAACGGAGGAAGAGGAAGCGGCAAGCAGCACCUCUGCUGAUAGCAACCAAGUACAAGAAGGUGGAAAUACAAACGGUGGGCAGACCGCGGCCUCUCUGCGACCGCCUUUUGGCAGUACUAGUAUGCUUGUAGUUGGAGCGACAUCAACAGUCGAAGAGAUACCACUGUUCGCGGAUUCAGAAGGUACCAUCCCAUUACCCUCGGUCGACGACCUGAAGAAAAUGGUUUACCAACGAACAAUGGCAGGCUCUGAUCAUGUUGGGGCCUCUUCUUCCUCAUCUAGUACCGCAGGCAAGAGCAAAGCUAAGGCAGCAAGUAGAGGAAGGGGUAAAAGCCAAAGUACUACAUCAACUAGCACUCGUUGUGGAACAGGACAUUCUAAUGUUGCGCAAGGUACUUUUUCAGAUAUGAGAGAACCACUACAAAUACCGGUGCUGUAUUUUUCAUCAAAUAUUCCACGUAAUUGCGCGUGGGUGUCGCUUCCACUCGCAAAGGAGGUGUGCCGAAGGCAUGGCUUAGAAUACAUCGAGGCUGCUUCUGGUUGGACGAAGCAAGCGGAUCGCGCAGUGCGGACCUUUUCUGGGGUCCUCCUCCUGGCCCGAAACGCAGUUCGGGUAUGGCUCGAAGCAGCGAGUCUCGCUGCCAGUCGACAGGCAAAACGCGAUAAAAAGGACGAAGAUGAGCUACGCCAUACCUGGCUGGAACUGUGUCGCAAAAUUCUCGUGGAAAAAUACAUGGCGAACAAAAAACGAGGAGCACCAGGGACGCAAAAAAAGUGAGCAUUCGUUUAUCGAGACAUCAACACUUCACCACGCAUAUGGAUUUCACUUAAAGAGUUGUGCUCGCAACGCACUGCUUUUUAGAAAGACAGACAACUUUUUAGCUUCACUGUAGACGUAAUCGUAAGCUGGAAAGACUGCGACGCGAACGAAGAAUUGAUGAGUACAUCAUUGUCGAAAGUGUGCUGGUCCUGUGCCUCUUCAGAUCAUCUGGUUUGGAGUCGAUCCUUGUGCACAAACUGAAGAUUGUCGUUUGUGGUCCUGUGUACGUGCUCCUAU